CACCCUCCUCUCCCUCCCACCUCUCUCUCUCUCGCGCGUGUGUCCGACGAUGAGCCAGCAGCUUCUGCGUGCUCGGGCCCUGCGCUCCGUCGCAUCAACCAGUGCGCCGCGCCCGGCGCUCGCUGUGCCGCGGGCAGCUGCGCAGUGUCUCUCCUUCAGCACUGCCGCCGCUCCGCAGCCGAUCCCUCGCUGCUCGCUGGCCCACACUCGCUUUGCACGCACUGGCGUGCCAGCGCCCCUUCUGCGCGCCACCUUCUCCACCUCGCAGCUACGGCGCUACGCAAACCAAGAGGGCGUCUCGCCGUCGGUGGUUUCGGCCUUCACCACGCCCUUCUCUCAAUUUCUCCAGAUCCUCUCUCGCAUCUCCCGCAUCCUCCUCUUCGCCGCACUCGGCAUCGCCAGCGUCGGUGGUGCAGCGUACGAAGCGACGCAUCAGUAUGUCGAGCAUCGCGCCAUGCCUCGCUGUGCCGUGCCUGCCACGGGCGACGACGCCAGUGGCUGGACCGCUGAGAUGCGCGAUGAGUCGUGGGGCCCGACCGCGGGCACCGACCCGCGUCUCGGCUUCAGUGGCCGACAUGCUCUGCGAGCUGCGUGGAUCGCGCUGAACUGGGGAGGCGGCAUCGCACCCGAGCUCUUCUUUGGCGGCUCGCGUGCGCCAGGACAGCUGGGCACCGCGGCAGGAGACGCGCUUUCACUCGAGGGCAUGCCUUCGUCGGACGGACUGCUCAUGUGCGAAGGCACACUCCAAGCCGCACUCGACGCGGCGGAGAAGCGCGGCAUUCGGCUGCCCGACAUCGCUGCUCAACGAGCACUAGCCGCGCCCGGCUCGCAACUGCCGUCUGCAGCCAUCGAUGAGACAGCCUUGGCGCUCGAGACGCGCCUCGCGAGCGUGCGGGAACGCAUCGGCACGCCCACUGCGCUCGCGGGUGCGCUUGCGGGCUACACGCGCAUCUAUGACGCACUCGCAUCGCAGUCAUCGGCAUCGCAGGAGCAGAAGGCUCGUCUCGUCCGUCUGGCGGGUCGGCUUGGCAGCGUGAGCGCGGCGCUGGGACAGCGGGCAGAGGCGGAACGAUGGCUGCUUAGCAGCCUGCAUCUCGCCGGUGCGCCUGCGUUGCUGGCCGACACGGAGGAUGCGCAGGCUGCGUCGAACGUGCAAGGCGCGCUCAAGAUCGACGCUCCCCGUGCCUCAAGCGUGCCUUCAGCAUCAACAUCAGCAGCCGCACCAACAGAAGCCUCGCCGGCUCUGACGCGCGCACUCGUCGCAUCACUCAUCUCUCUCUCAGCGCUCUACGCUACUGCACCGCCCGGCAGCACAGGCGACGACUCCGGCCGCGUGACUCUCUCGACUGCACUGCGCGUGCAGAUCUCGGCACUGCGUCUACUGCGCGCCGACGCCGCACGCAGCGCUCUCGUCACUACGCCGAACAGCAACGCAGCAGCAGCCAGCGCCAACGCAUCCGCCGACGGCGCUCGUUUGCACGCGCUCUGGUUGGCGCAGCAUGAUGCAGUGCUAGGUCUGCACGUGGCCGAGACGCUCUGGGCACUCGGUGCCGCCUCUCCGUCUUCUGGCAUCGCGUCCGCUCUGCGCUCACUGUGGGGCGGCAAGGAGAAGGUCGACGUCAAGCAGAGUCUGGCAUGGCUAGAGGAGGCGGAGCGUAACGCCGAGAGCGUGGCGAGUGGGCUUGGCUCAACAGCGCCUGUGGAGAAGAAGAAGGGCAAGAAGCCUCAGCAGACGAAGACGGUGCUGGCGGAGAAGUGGCGGGGAGAGACGCAGCUGCAAGUUCCGGCGGCGAGGUUGUUGCGCGAUGCGAAGCGUGUCGUAGCUACGGUGGAGGAGCUCAAGUUGGCGCUGGCGCGAUGAGACGGUGGAGCGGAUGGGUGGAGAUGGGCUCUUGUGCGGGCGUAGCGAGCGGCAAUUGUACUUGUUUCCUGCCUGUCUGUGAGCGGACGUUUGGGCGAGGAAGGACGCGUGCUGAGCUGAAGCGAAGUCAGAGC